AAUAUAAAACCAAAAAAGAUAACAAUACAGGUGACUGCAUACUGUUAACUAAAACUAGAAUACUAUAUUACAACUAAUAUUAACUGAAAUAGAUUACCAGCAAAAUCAUAACAAAAUGACAAAGAAUAUAAAUGUAAGUACAAAUAAACUCUGUACAUAUACAAAAUAAAUGAAUGACUGACUGAAUAAAUGAAUAAAGAGAAUCUGCCUUAAGUGUGUUAAAGGAGUUCAGUAAGUAAUUUAAGAUUUCUUUAAGUGGCACUGAAAUUGAGUUUACCGAUAGCUGAAUUCACACUGAUGUAUAUGAAGCUUUAACAAGUAAGUUUAAUUUAAUCAUAUGUAAAUUACGGUUUUGUAAACUUCAUUUUCCAUACUCUCGUCAUAAUUCCGUAAGAAAUGAAACAUUAUAUGUUCACAUGCAGUAAUAAAACUGCAAUACAAUUUAAGAUUUAUACCUCUAGAAACCUCCCCUUAUUACCAAUUUGUUUAUAAACAAUUCCAGAAAACAUGAGGUUGAUUUUGUAGUUGGAAAAAACAAUUUCCUUACAAUUGAAGUUAGAUGUGUGACAUAAAGACUUACUUUUUAAAUCAAAUGUAUGGACUAUUAAUGCAAGUAAAUAUAUAAGUUAUACAAGUAAAAAUAUUUUCAAGCUAAAGCAUGUUUUACAAUUUAUAAACGUACAACACUAGUAUUAUAGUCAACUGUAGAUGGCAGUGCGCGCACAUUAAAAUAUGCGAUUACACAAACGAUGGCAAGUAAUAAAAAAGUGAAUUAAAAAUACUGUAAAAAAGCAAUUACUUUAAGUCAAAACAGUAUUAUUGCCCUCAAAUAUAAUAAUAAAAAAUACAGUUAUGCCUGUUUAAAAGACAUAAUUAUUUUAUUUCAUAUUAACAAAAAUACAUCUAUAGGCCCACUAAUGCAAAGAUGAAUAACUCGGCUGUUUUAUUGUAAUAUAUUCAUAUUUUACAAUAGUUACGCUCAGUUUGUUUAGUAUUAUAAAGAAUAAAGUGACACCCUUAUUCCUAAUCAAAAUUAACCCACUCUUUGGUGAUUGAAACACACAUUUCUCAAUCUGUUUCCGAAAGAGGGCGCCCUCUGAACAUCGAGCAACAGGCAAUCAGCGUCUCGCAUUCAAGAUAUUAACACUAUCUAAAGAGCAAAGGGGAGUUUCCAAAGUCAUCAAGUCCAUCCAACUUUGCCAUUUUCGGCCAGAGACCACUGAAAAUGACUCCCAAGAAGACUGCCGCUCCCUUCCUAUGGGUUUCCUUGUGCUUUGGGAAUGUUCUUGAGGCGGUGGUGCUGGGAUCGGCGCUGUAUCCCUCUGAUAACGGGCUCCACUCACAUCUGGAUGCGCGCGGUCCAGCAGGAACCAGCGCGAGCUCCCGGAACGAGUCCACAUCUGUUCAUGUUCCGUCUUACAUGAUCUCUCUGUACAGAACUCUGUCUGAACUGGACCGACGGACUGGUAACGGCAGUCACACGCGCUCCAGGAGAUAUGCCAACACGGUCACCAGCUUCAUGGAUCUGGGGCAAGAUGAGCCUUCACUUAUGUUCCAGCAGCAGUACACAUUCAACCUGUCUGGACUCUCCCGACUGGAUGAACUGAUGGAAGUGGAGCUGCGGGUUCUGAGGAGGCCACCGCAAGAUGUCUUAAGCUUACUCUCUUAUGGUGGGAACCUGUAUCGUCUGCUGCUUCACACCUGCUCACUUCCAGGAUCUCUUCACCAACCUUUGCUUCUCAGCUCCAGGACCAUCGAUCUUCUAGAUACCUCUUCAGCCACAUGGGAUGUGUUUGAUGUCGGCCCAAUCAUAAAGACCCCCCUCAAGCAGCACAGGACUGCAGAAGACACUAGGUUGUUGUGCCUUAGCAUAUCUGCUGUUUCUGAUUCAAAUAACGAGGCUGUGCAUCCUGGGAUGCUGGGUCUAAGCCGCGAGGAUCAGCAGACCCAUGAAAGAGCCUUACUAGUGGCGUUUUCUCAAGCACGGAGGAAGGAGAACCUCUUUAGGGAGAUCCGUGAGAAGAUAAGGGCUAUGAAAAGUCGGAAGUUUUCUAAUCCCACACCAGAGCAUAGUAUCAAAGGUCAUCCGAGGCAUCGGCGGAGGAGAAGGACAGCACUAGCAGGCCGUCCCGGAGUAGGACCCAUUACCAGCGGAGGAAAGGGAGGUGGAAGACGGAGGACACGCUGCAGCCGGAAACCGCUUCACGUGAAUUUCAAAGAACUUGGUUGGGAUGACUGGAUUAUUGCACCGCUGGAUUAUGAAGCAUAUCACUGUGAGGGUUUGUGUGACUUCCCUUUGCGCUCACACCUGGAACCAACCAACCAUGCCAUUAUUCAGACCCUCAUGAACUCCAUGGACCCAGAGUCCACCCCUCCCAGUUGUUGUGUACCCUCAAAACUCAGUCCCAUCAGCAUUCUGUACAUUGACUCGGGGAAUAAUGUGGUUUAUAAACAGUACGAGGACAUGGUGGUGGAGAGUUGUGGGUGCAGGUAGCAAUGUGAGCAAGGGGUGAGCGACCCCUGGACACUACCCUAAAGCCUCAUUCGCGGAGGCUGAGCAAAGCAUUGUGGGCAAGACGAAGCAGUCGGAGCUGGUGUAAAUGUGUGACAACGAGCAUGUGUGUAUGUUCAGAUGGCGAUAAGACAAUGAGUUGUUUUUUAGAAGCGAGCGUAGGACAUGUGUGCCGAGCAGCUCUAAAUUCCCCUUACAACACCAAAUAAACAUCUCCUCAACGGAAAAAUGAGUGAAAACCUGGGCUUUCCAGAAAUUAUUUUACAUCCUGUUAAUGUAAACUCAGUGAUAGAGUGUUGAAGUAUCCUUGCAGCAGCGAUAGAAAUGUUGGCCCUGUUAAACUCUGUCAGAGUCUGGGAAUCUGUCAGCGGCAGCACACAACUAUAACUUGUAUAACAGUAAAGGUGCUUUGCAUGACAGUCAGCUUAUAGUCAAGAAGAAAUAGCUCAGAAGAGUUUGUAAUGCCUCUCUGAGGAGUCUAGCGGUCCUAAUCAGAUAUGGCAUUGACUGAGCACUUUUCACUCCAAAGUUUUCCUGGUUAGCAUGGCUUCGUUAGCCCCUGUUGGAAGAUGUUGUAACUACAACAUGUUGUAACCACCAUGGCUCUCAGUUGAAUUCUAUUCAAAAUAGCACAUUUUUAUGAGUCAACUGAUUGGCAAGAAAACUGGGUGCAGGAAUGAGCACUCAAGAACAAAUCUGAGAGAUUUGAAAACAUAAUACUCACAUAAUACUCACCAAUAGCUUUCUUAGUCCUCCAUGCAGUAUGUUUUUGAAGCUUUAGAGGCUUUUAGAAUUAUAAAGUAGACAACUUCCAAUCUCUAAUGUUCAAAAGUUCAUAUCAAGCUUCCUAAAACUUCACAAGGGUUGUUUAGUUCAUCAUUUUAUAUUCUUAAAAUAACGUUUUGAAUGCUAAAAUUAAGCUGCUUAACGAGAAAGAGAAAGGCGUUUUAUGAAAAAUAAAAUGAUGAUGACACCACAUUUGGCUUGGGUCAGAUGAUAAAGCUGCAGUAUAGUACAUGAUGUGUGCAAUAUGUGAAAGACAAAUGACUUCAUUGCAUCGAGUGACCUCAGACCUUAUUUUGUGAAAGGCGCAGUGAAGCCAAAAUCAAAAUGAUUGCUUUGUUUUAUCUCGACACCAGAUUUGGAGAUCUACUUUCAGCGUUCACCUACAUUGACUGAGAGGGUGUGUUUACUUGCGCUGGUAAUUAAAUUACAUUUGUUUGAUCCUUUAAAUGUCAUGACUUAUUAUGGAUUAUCAUACAAAUCCAAAACACAUCCCCAAAUGCUUAAUUGAAAACAUUUGCGAUAGCAGCAAGGUUAGCAAAAGUGCAACAUAAUACAAUAAGUAUAACAAAAACUAACCCAGUUCACACCCAGCUUGAAAAGUGAAAAUUCAACGACUUUCUUUCUUUUGUGGGACAAAAGCAGAUGUUUUAAAGAAUUAAGGUUUAUCAUUACAAUUUGAGAUCAAUUUAAAUGGAAAACAAAAAACAUUUUCAGGGCCCUACAGUGGUGUCACCAUCAGUUUAUAUACAUUUAGUCAACAUUUAUGUUACAGCAUAACAUACAAUGAUUUUUUUGGUUCGUCUAAAAAUUCGUUGCAUAGGCUUAUAGUUUUAUUCAUUCACUGAGCCAAAAAAAUAUAGACCAGUGUUUCUCAACCACGUUCCUUGAUGACACCAGCUUUGCACAUUUUCCGUGGCUGUUUCUC